AUGGCUGCCUUCGCGCACGUGGGUGUGAUGGUGACUACCGAGACAGGGGCGGAGGUGGUGCCGGACAACCGUAUCGACGAUAAGCUGGACGCGCAGAUCCAAGUGCUACUGAAGCGUCUGAAGCUUAUCAGUCCCAUGCGGUUGAUUGAAGUGGUGGCUCCUUCUUCCGAGAGAGCAUGCGAUGAAGACCUCACAGACGCAGACUUUGCCGACUCGGCACUGCAUGCUACGCAGGGCACGGUGGGGAUGCAAGUCAGCACCGAAGAUCUUACGCGCCACACGAUAACACAGGUUGGAACCGCCUCAUCAGCAGAAAACUCCUCGGGCUCAUCGAUCCCAUUCGACUCGCAGGGUGUAUCACGUCCAGUUGCUUCUCGUCGCAACAGCAACACUACCAGCGCUGCCAGCAGUUUUAUCAGCGACUAUCCUGGGUUCGACCAAGGGUACCCCGGUUCGUUUGAGGACACUUGGCUGGGGUGGAACGCGCAACGAGUUGCGACGGCCCCAGUCCGCCAGCCUGUGCGCGACCUGGAGGCAGUGCAGACGACGAUCCGCCUGGCCACCGAGAUGAACUGCGACCCCGUGGUGAUGAUGGAGCUCACGCGAAUCCAGAACGAGGUGGCGAAUCGCGACCCGAGUGCUUCCAACUCCACGACGCUGACUGCGCCGACCCAGCAGCCUUCGCGCAACACCGGCAUCUGUCAAUUCCGCUUCGGAGCCCCCACUCGGCGCCUGCUCUAAGCUGUCAUUAUCAACGUCCAUCUUCUCGCUUGUUGCAGUAAAUGUAGCCAUGUCCGCUUCAACUUGCCUCUCAUUGGUGGAAAUACGAACAAAGAUUUUCUUCCG